GUGGCUGUAUGUGUGUGUGUGUGUGUGUGUGUGCUGAAAAGCUUAGAGGCUGCAGAGCUGCCUUCAGUCAGCAGCAGACUUCAGGCUGCACAGAUACCGUGCGCGAUGCCUUCUCCGAUCCCCUUGACUCGCCUGCUGCCCAAAGAUAUCUACCCCUCCGUGGACAUCGCAACGUGCAGCAGCCCGCUCACCAAACACUCCCAUGGUACCACCUUACAAGUCCCCGUGCAGCGGCUCCACGGCAGAGUGGCCAGCCGGCUCUGGUCCUCUGUGAUCCACUGGAAGGAGCUGCGCUCCAUGCAGUCUGUGGGCUCCGGAGGGUUCGGCUCCGUCUACAAGGCGGAGUACCUCGGGGACACGGUCGCACUGAAGAAAGUCAAGAAGUGCACCAAGAACAAGCUGGCGUCCCGACAGAGCUUCUGGGCCGAGCUGAACGCAGCACACCUGCGCCACACAAACAUCGUGCGCGUCAUCGCGGCCACCACCUGCGUACCUGCGGACUUUGGAGACGAAAGCAGCAUCGGGACGAUCCUGAUGGAGUUCGUUGGGAGCAGAAAUCUGCAGCAGAUAAUUUAUGGAUGUGCAGAGCCGCUGGGGGAGGACAGGUGGCUCCGGUACUCCACAGACAUUGUACACGGUCUGCGGUUCCUGCACUCCCACAGCGUCGUGCACCUGGACAUAAAACCAGCCAACGUGCUGGUGUCCAAUGAAGACGUCUGCAAAAUUGCCGAUUUCGGCUGUUCCCUCAAACUGGACCGGGGCUGUGAAGUGAGCUCCAUCAGCCCUCAUCUGAGCCACGUAGGCGGCACGUACACGCACAGAGCCCCGGAGAUGCUGAAAGGCGAGGGGGUGACGCCUAAAGCGGAUAUCUUCUCCUUCGGGAUCACCUUCUGGCAGCUGAUCACCAGAGAGCAGCCGUACACCGGCGACAGGCAGCACGUGCUCUACGCGGUGGUGGCGCACAACCUGCGGCCGUCUGUUCACAGCCACCCGGCGUUUGAGUCGGCGCAGGGGCGGCUGUGUAGGACUCUGCUGAGCCGGUGCUGGAGCGGGGACGCCCGCUGCAGACCCAGUGCCCAGGAACUGUUACCUCACAUGGAGCAGCUGCGCUCCCACAUGUGAGGUAGGUUUCUAGCUGCAGACAGAUGUGGGCUUCAUAUAAUGAAACGUUUUAGAGACCUUUUAGUCGGUGCUCCUCCGUUUUCUUAUGGACACAUUCAUGUCGAAUCCGGUUUAAAAAGUGUACAGUUACGAGUCAUUAUUACCGAGCCGAAUGGAAUGUGCACCCCGAAAUGGACUUUUUAAUUCGGCACAUGUAGUCUCAACUAAGGGAGAUGUCUUGUGUUUUGUGAAUAACAAGCAAAAACGCUGCAGAGUCGCAUUUUACACACACAUUCCUGAUUGGCUGUUUGUUUAACAGGUGUAGACUAUGACUCUUUAGUCCUGUUUUAAUCCCGCACCGUGAACACAUCAUUUCAUUUGGCUCAGAGCACCCACACUGCUGCUGCUGCUUUUAGUGUUUUUCUUAAACUGUGAAAUGAAAAUGUUUUAUUGACCCUGUUGAGGUUGUAAUGGGCUGUAAGUGUGAUGGGUUUUCAUUAAAAUUAUUUUUAUACUAU